GGUUGUGGGAGACAAAAUCGAAUGCCACGUGUCGCUAUCGAUCUGCCUUGUACCUUACCAUUACCAUCAAGAUCUUUUCCUUGCCGCUAUAGCCAAAGCCCCUACAAAAUGUCACGUUCAAAAGAAGAUCUGAUUAUUCCUCUUGACACUGAAGCGCAAAUUGAGGAUCUCAAACGCGAAAGGGACAAGUCCAGGACCCAACAUCUGGAGACCCUGAAAAAACUGCGGAGAAAAGCCGACGUGGAAAGAGACAACGACACCUUGCGCAAAGAGAACGAAAGGCUGAGAAAAGACUUGGAUGAUGCGAAAGCGAGAGCCUUGAAGGUGGAUGAAGAGGCGACCGACCUAUGGGGCCAGAAGGAAACCGUUGAAUACGAGAACCGAGGUUUGAAGAGACUUGUCGCGAGGUUGCAGGAGAGGACUAGGGAUGUGCACCGUACCGUUACGGAUACGGCCGUACCCUUGACGGAUGGAUACGGAUACGGAUGGACCGUAUCCGUACCGUAGGAGCAGGAAAAGCGAGGUUCACGGUACGUACGGGUAUACAUACGGACGUAACGGCCGUAUUACGGUCGUAGAAU